AGAAAAUGAGGCCCAUUUUUUGUGGGAAUUUUGAAUAUGAUGCUCGACAAAAUGAAUUGGAGCGGCUUUUCGGUAGAUAUGGGAAAGUUGACAGAGUGGAUAUGAAGUCUGGAUUAUCUUGGGAUAUCCAUUCUCUUCCAGGCUAGUGGAUGGGCUCUUCAGAAUUCCUUGUCUUGCCUGUGACGAGCUUCCUCUUCUUGUUUUCAAGAAGAGUCACUCUGAUCUGCCAUUGCACUACCGCCAUCCCACAUUUUCCACAGUCACAAUUGCCUUUCAUUCCUCAUGACUUUCGCCCAGCCCUCAAUUUCAGACAUGUUUCAAGAUUGAAACACUGCCCAAUCCCAUGGCAGAGGCAGCAGAUUAGAUGGAGAAGGCACUAUCUUUACAUUGACCCACCAUGAGACAUCCACUUUUGGAUUGUUGUCCCUUGACAUCACUUAGUUCAUAAUACAAGGGUUUGCCUUUAUCUACAUGGAAGAUGAGAGAGAUGCUGAGUAUGCUAUUCGGGGACUUGAUCGGAAAGAAUUUGGUAGAAAAGGACGCAGGCUUCGUGUUGAAUGGACGAAGGUAGCAAAUCAUGAACGUGGUACUAGAAGACCGGGUGCUUCAAGAAGAUCUUCGACUAAUACAAGACCUUCAAAGACCUUGUUUGUUAUUAAUUUUGAUCCGUAUCACACUAGGACCAAGGAUUUGGAGAGGCACUUUGAUCCAUAUGGGAAAAUUGUGAGUGUUAGGAUCAGAAGAAAUUUCGCAUUUGUUCAGUAUGAGUCACAAGAAGAUGCUACUAGGGCAUUGGAAGCUACGAACAUGAGCAAGCUGAUGGAUCGAGUUAUAUCAGUGGAGUAUGCAGUUCGUGAUGAUGAUGAAAGAAGAGACGGCUUUAGUCCUGAUAGGAGAAGUCGUGAUAGGUCACUAGACAGAGGCCGUGAUAGAAGAAGAUCCCCAAGUCCCUACAAAAGAGAGAGGGGUAGCCCUGAUUAUGGCCGUGGCCCUAGCCCUGGUCCCUACCGCAGAGAGAGGGGUAGCCCUGAUUAUGGCCGUGGCCCAAGUCCUUAUCGAAGGGAGAGAGUAAGUCCAGACUAUGGCCGAGGCCGCAGCCCAAGUCCCUAUCGAAGGGAGAGAUCUGAUCAUGGCCGGGUCUCUAGUCGCAGUCCCCGGAAAGAGAGGGUGAGUGCAGACCGUAUCCGUGAUCGUAGCCGUAGUCCUUAUGGAAGAGAGAGGCCUGGGGCUGACAAUGGCCAUGCUCCCAUCCGUAGUCCAUAUAAGAGAGACAGGGAGAGUCCUGAAAAUGGUGCCAUUGAGAGUCCAUAUAAGAGAGAUAGGGCCAGUCCUGAAAAUGGCGCCAUCCAGAGUCCAUAUAAGAGAGAUAGGAGUAGUCCUGAAAAUGGUCGGGGCCCCAGCAGCAGUCCUUAUGAAAGAGAGAGGGUCAGCCCUGAACAUGGUCACGGUCCAAGCCCCAAUUCUGUGCCUGAAGCUAGGGGGGACAGCCCUAACUAUGGUGGGCCUGAAAGCCCCAUGCAGGAGAGAUAUAGCAGCCGUUCACCACAAGCUGAGGAAUGAUGAUGAUCUUGAUCAGUGGUUUGGAUCUGUCUGGUUGUGAGAUGCUGCAGUUUGUGGUUCCCUUGAAAACUCCCUCUGUAGAGUCGAAUCGUAAUACAGCUUAUGUAGUUUCCUGUAGCCUUAUUUCUGAGUUGUAGCUUUUAGAGAUACUUGUCUGCAGUGGUUUCUGCCCAAAACUUUAUGGAACUUAUUAUUGCUAUUGAACAAGCAACUUGAUACAGAAUUUGGCCCCCCAAGUGGUUGUUUACAAUUUCAAUUUCUUGAUUGUUCCGUUCGUAAGGCA